AUGGUUAAUUCAGGUUUAGGGUUAGGGCUUCGGCUUUUGAAUCGAAGACGAUUAGGAUUAGAGCUUGACAAAGUAUCCGAAAUUGGAUUUCAAAUACGAACUAUCAUUUUGGUUUCCGACCUCUCGCGUUCGAAUCUCUACUGCACUCCUUCCAUAAUUUCCAAUUUUUCAUUUUCUUGUUUUUCUUCAGUUGCUUCUCCCGCCAAGCACUUGGAUUCAAAUCCGUUCAUCGUCGAUUACCUGAUCGAAGCCUUUGGCCUGUCUAAAACUCAAGCACUUUCAGCUUCGAAGCGAAGGAUGGGAACGAAAGACUCCAAAAAGCCCGAAUCCGUUGUUCACUUUCUCCGAGAGUUGGGAUUCUCGGAAGGUCAUGUUCGAGAUGCUGUCCGAGUUUCACCUAGUCUCCUAUUCGCAGAUAUCGAGAAGACCCUUAAACCAAAGCUCCAGUUAUUCCAAGAAAUUGGUCUCACCGGGUCCGAUCUGGGUCGAUUCAUUUCGAAAAAUGCCAGUAUCUUUAAUGUUAGCUUAGAUCGAAGAUUGAUUCCCUGCAUGGAGAUUCUGAAGAAGAUCUUCUCUCUCGAUGGUCGUCACCGAGGCUUGAUUCUUGUUCUACAGAGAUGCAAAUGGGUCCUCACCGAAGAUCCAGAAGCGAGGCUGCUGCCCAACAUUUCCUUAUUGGAGAGCCAUGGGAUUGUUGGGUCUCAGCUCUCAGCGCUCUUUAGGCGGCAACCAGCGUUGUUUCUCAAGAGAGAAUCUGCGGUUAGGGAACUAGUUAGAAGGGUUGUGGAGAUGGGUGUUUCUGCUGAUUCAAGGAUGUUCGUCUACGCCCUCCACAUUAUUAGUUGCAUGAGUCCUGAGACUCUUAGGAGGAAAUUCGAGUUCUUUCAAGGAUUUGGUUUCUCACAGGAGGAAUGUAUGACGAUGUUUAAAAAGCAGCCACCUCUGUUCGGAUGUUCUGAGGAGAAGUUAAAGUUUGGAAUCGAGGUCUUCAUGAACGCUAUUGGGGUUGAAAAGACGGUGUUGGUUCAGCGACCAAUGUGUCUCAUGUACAGUGUAGAGAAGAGGGUGAUCCCUCGCUACAGGGUCAUAGAGCUUUUGAAGUCUAAGAGGUUGUUGAAGAAGGUACCAAUUUUUCUUCAUGUGGUGGAAUUGCCUGAGAAGAAAUUCGUGGAUAGGUUCAUUUCGAGAUUCAAAGAUGAUGCAGAGUUGGCGAUUGCUUACAGGGGUGAUGUUUUGGACUCUUCCAAGGAAGAUGAAUCUACAUAGAUCACCAAAAGAAAUAAAUUACCCUCUCAGUGACAGAAUCAUAGAUUGCUUCUUGCCAGCCUUAUGAUCAAAGCUUUUCUGCUAUUUUCCUCUCAAGGUCCUUAUAUGGAUUACCCUUUUAACCAUUUGUUUAGAAACCUACAGUAUGACCUUGACCUUUUCAGGGGAGAUUUGUUUGCUAAACAAGCGGUUUAUGUUAGUUUAUAAUGAAACAAUUCCAUGAAGGAUGGAGAUAUCAACUGAUACAUUCAAGAGAAAGAAAAGAAAGGCAUAGCAUUACGGUCCUGACAUCUUGGACCUUUGAUGCAUUUGACAUGAGGUUGAGUUGAAAAAAAAUAAGCAGGAAGAGGAAGAGAAAGCUGAUGGGAUGGAAUUGAGCAUUACAGAAGUGAAGGAAGAAUUGGGCUCUGAUCCAGACGUUUCGAAAGUGACAGUCAGACUGUCUGCAUUAGAAGAGAAUGUGAAGGAGAUAGCUCUCGAAACAAAGAAACUCUCAGGUGGCAAUUUUGCCAAGGAAGGAGAAGCCAUCAAGAGGGAGCACCAGGGAAGGCAACACUUCUAUAGCCAAGGGUGACAGUAGUAAAUCUAAACCAGAUCCAAGCCAAGCGAGGGUGGAUGCAUCAGGUCUAGCUAUUGAUACCUUACAGAGGAACAAUAAGGGAAAUCAGGAAGCUUGUAAUGAAGGGGCUUCUCAGGAGUUGGGGAAAUGAAUAUCUUGAACAUCCUAAAUAAUAUGUAUAUGUCCUUCAAUGGAUCCUCCAUUGAUAGAUAGAGUCCUAUUUUCUGUACUCUUAGUUUUUCUGCCUGCAGCCAAUGGAUUAGCAGGCUCAAAGGGUGCAAGAUAUGGGCUGUAGUUUUUUGACUGAAUGAGUUUUGUGGAUUGAGAAGAUAUGGUCCAGAUUUAGUCAAAUGUCAAAUUUUAGAGUCUAAUUUAAUUAUAUACUUCUCACGUAUUAUAUUGAUAGAGAGGACAUGGUCUAAAUUAAUCUCAUGUCAAAUUUUAGAGUCUAAUUUAAUUAAAUAUUUUUCACCAAUUGGUUUGCAUCUGUGUAUGACUCUGGCUUUACUAUGCACUCUCCCAACUUUGAGCAACAAUAAAGGGGAAAAAUUAUGAAAA